AUGUUCUUUCCUUCGGUCGCCAAGCUGCUCCUCGCAGCCGGCUUCGUCCACUCGGCAAUAGCCCACAACAUCCAGCUGCCCGCCCACGGCCGCGAGUGCUUCCACGAGUCGCUGCACCGCGACGACAAGAUGACCGUCACCUUCCAGGUCGGCGAUCGCGAGUUUGGCAGCGCCGGAAACUUGGACAUUGACUUCUGGAUCACGAACCCCAUGGGUCAGUACGAGACCUUCGACAAGUCCGUCUCCAACGGCGACUUCUCCUUCACCGCGAAGCACGACGGCAAGUACACCUACUGCUUCGGCAACGAGCACUGGGGCGCCCACAGCAAGGAGGUCUCUUUCAACGUCCACGGUAUUGUCUAUGUCAGCGAGACCGACGUUCCUGCCGACCCCCUCGAAGUUGAAGUCCGUCACCUCUCCGAACUCCUCGCCCAGGUCAAGGACGAGCAGUCCUACAUCGUCGUUCGUGAACGCACCCACCGGAACACCGCCGAGAGCACCAACAGCAGAGUCAAGUGGUGGAACAUCUUCGUCAUCGGUCUCGUCGUUGGAGAGUCUGUCUUCCAGGUCUGGUGGUUGCGCAGGUUCUUCGAGGUCAAGAGGGUGGUUUAA